AUGAACAAAAGUAAAAACCAAACACCUAAAACUUUGCCAAAAGAAGAGCAAGAACUACCCAAAUUUGUUGUAUAUUUACGAUUUCCGUUUUCUAGGAAUGGAUUUCAAGAUCCUGGGUCUAAUGAAUGGAAUGAAGAAAAGGCACAUGAACUACGGGAAUAUUUAUCGACCACUACUUUAAAGCGUGGUGAAUUAGACUGGAGCUAUUUAGCAAAUCGAUUUCAAGUGUCAGAACCUUUUAUUUUGCAACAAGCAAUAUGGCUUUAUGAACGAGAACUUGAACACGUUCGGGACCAAAUGCAAAGAGUAAACCGACAUAUUUUUGUCAACAAGUCACAAGAAAAAUUCAAGACAUCGUUUAGAUCAAUUUUCCCAUUGCCGAAACAAGGAUUAUCAGAAUCGUGGAUUACGCCAGUGGAUGGUAAACCUUUUCAUCAAAAUACACAUAAAAUUCCGUCUAAUAAUGAAGCUCAGCAACGCCAUUUUAACGAAAAUAGCACAAACCCAAAAAUAGUUAAGAUAACAUUAGACUCUAAUCAACCACACCUGAAAUCUGAUGAUUACUUUUUUUCUUUACGUAAGAAACUUGAAAAAGAAAACCCAUCAAACUCAAAUGAUAAAAAUGAAAUUUUUCAGGGCGACGAAAAUAACGUGGGAAAAAACGAACCUUAUGAGCAAAACCUACACGACAAAAAUAGUCUAUCAAUGGCAAUGAAUAAAUUGACAAAGCAUUUGCCUUUGAAUAGGGACUUUAAAAGACCUUCGAUAUUUGAAUCUGAUACGGAAGAUUUUGGCGAUGAAGAAUUUAAUGAAGAAAAAACAAAUUAUGAUAGCAAGAUAUCGGAUGAGUUUGGAGAGGAUGACUAUGAUGCAUUUUUAACAUGA